AUGCCAGCAUUCAGAUUUAAAAUGUGUCGUCUACUUCCAGGAAAUGUUCGGAAUAGAGAACUUUCUCUAAUCCAACGUCGUAUUCUCCGAAGAUUGAGGAACAAGAGGAGAUCCAUUAAAAGAAAUCUUUGUCGGAGAGAAAAUCAAAACAGUAACAUCAAAUCACAAACUACACGAAAGUUGUCUCUUUAUUAUGGGGAUUUACCCAUAAGGGAGAUGCACAGAGGAAGAGAACGAACUUCAUAUAUCCCUUUUUUACUCAAUCAAGAAACAAGAUCGGACGUGAUUCCGGUUCGUCUACAUUUUAGUGACACUCUUCCUCAAGCAAGGCAGCCGAUAAGUCAUCGAAGGGUUUGUUUGAAUAAUGGACUGGUAACCAUUACUCAUUUGAAAGUUUCCCACGGUGAUCUAAAAUCUUUUAAAGAAAAUGACGCGAGAACCCACGGUUUUGAAAUAAGGAGAUCUUUCUAUAUCGACAUAUCAGUUGGAAAAAUCAUAGGCAAAUUCCUAUCGGCCAUAUCAGUUGGAAAAAGAAGAGGCAAAUUCCUACCGUCCAGAAUCUGGAGAAGAACAAAAAAAGAAUGGUUCUGCUUACUCACAACUCGGAGGGGAUGCCGCUUACUAAUCAAAUCCAAGGAAUUGCAAAAGUUGCGUUCUUAUAUGCAAGAAGAAGACUUUGAAAGAACAAAGAAGUUUGGAUCCGCAAAAGUAUGCUUAGGCAGUUCCUUCACUGAGCACAAUAAAAUGAAGAGGAAUUUGUUUCAUUUCAAAUACUUCUUAUUGAAAAGAGGGAAGGAGAAAAACAGAAAUCUUCCUACUCGAACAAUAAGUCCUUUUGUAGAAAAGUAUUUUUUAUAUAGUAAUUCGACCUAUUGCUCCGGAUCCCCGUUUACUAGGAAGAUAAGAAUCAAAAGGAUCGAACUACCUACUCAUUAUUCGGAGGUGAAUCAUAGAACACUAAAAGCUGUGGUAUCUUAUGGACCUAACAUAGGUCACAUCCCUCACGACAUAAGAUUGAAAGAUCCAAACCUUCCUCUUCGGAGCGAAAACGGACGUGGCCAAAACAUAUAA